AUGAGGUUGGUUGAUGAAGUACCUGCUAUUAAAGUAACUUAUGAAAACCAGGAGUCUAUCCCUGCACCAAGUAUAAUUAAUGGUUGUGAAGUAUUUCGAGAUAAUCUUAAUUAUGAUAGGGAAGGAAUUUGUUCGAAAUAUUUAAUAUCUAAUUUAUCACUUACCGAAAAAGUUCGUAAAAAUGUUGAAAGAAUUGCUCAAGAUGAUUUAAGUAAUUAUACAGGAUUGAUACAUAAUGGAGAUAUAUCUCUUAAAGAAGGCGAUGUGAUUCGUCUUUACCUUACUAUUGAUAGCACGAUACUUAAUAGCAUAAUACUAUUUGAUCCUGAAUACUUAAAAUACUCUGAUCAACCUCUUUAUAUUGAUUCACUUAGUCUCGAAAAUAUAUAUUUCAUGAGUCAUAACAUCAAUUCUAGCCUUUAUAAUUUUAAUAGAUUCAAAAGACAAUUGAUGGAUAAGACAUUGUUCACGCAACUUGGAUUCUCACCAAGUUAUCAAACAUAUCAUUAUAUUACUACGGCACCAGGAUUUUCUCAAGGUGCUUCUAUUAAUGCUGUUACUAAUAUGUUGGUGAUUAUUAAACCAAAAACGACGACUUUACAAGUAGAAAAGGAACAAAAAAGUCGUACUGUAAAUGUUAUGAUAUUAGAUAUUUUAGGAACUAUCACUGCUCUUUAUGGUUUGAUGCUGAGUUUUUACGUUUUCCUAUUUCGUGAAGCUAGCUUCUGUGAAAUAGUUAGGUUUGAUGAUGUCGACGGUGGUUAUGAUAGUAAUAAAAAUAGUUCUGAAGAUUGUGGAAAAUAUUUAGCAUAUAAUUUAUUACUUGCCGAUAAUGCUCGUAAACACUUUGAACGAAUUGUUCAAACCGAACUAACUGAUUAUACGACGUUUAUACAUAAUGGGAACAUAACUCUCAAAGAAGGAGACUAUAUUCAUGUUAACUUUACUAUGAGUCCAACGAAGAUCAACAUUUUAACACUAUUUGAUACCGAAUACUUAACAUACUCCGAUGAACCUCUACAAUUAAUGGAUACAACAUUGUUAACACAAAUUGGGUUCGCGCCAAAUUACAGAACAUAUAAUUAUAUUACUACAAAUCAAAUAUUACCCGCUCCAGGUCCUCCUAAUACUACUACAAUGGUAACGACUAUUAGACCAAAAUCGGCGGUUACACAAGUAGAAAAGGAACAAAAAAGUCGUACUGUAAAUGUUAUGAUAUUAGAUAUUUUAGGAACUAUCACUGCUCUUUAUAGUUUGAUGCUAAGUAUUUACGUUUUCCUAUUUCAAAGGGAAUUAAGCUCUCAACCUUAUGGUCUCAUUAGGAGAUUCGUGGUUUUUGGUGGUCCUCCCGAAAAGCCUUUAAUCGAAAGGCUCAAAAAUCCCUUAGAGAAAUCUCUGAUCGAAAGGAUCGAAUAUUUAGAAUCCCAAAUCGGAACUAAAUAUGAAAAUUAUAAACAAUAUUAUCAUUAUGUUUAA